AUCGCUGAGGGGAGUGAUAUCAAAAUCUAUAGAUAUAUUACAACGCCAAUCGGUGCAGGAAACCAUAUUAUCGACACAUUUAUUUUUUAAAUUUGCCUUAAAGGAGGAAGUAAUCGCUUUCCACUGACGCAGGUGCAAUUGCGAUAUAGGAGGAUCCGCGGCACAAUCAAAUUCUGUCCAAUAGGUCACAUGACGUGGAAGAGCGGUGGGCAGCAAAUGGCGAUAGAACAAAGAGGUUUAGCCGAGAGGUAAAUGUGCUGCCAUUAUCCACCGGGAGCUUAUAUCAAGCCGUGAAUACUAACGACGGGAGACAAAGAGCGCGAGAGACGUUGGACAGUAGCUUAGCGCUAGUACAGGGACCACCCAGGGAUCUCAGCCACAAGGCUCGUCAGUCUCCCACAGGACGCAAGGAAAGCUCCGGACAGCAAAAGAAACAGAAACAAUAUGCAGACGUGGAUCUACUGGACAUUUGUGGUCACACUAGUCAUCCUUCAGCAGACGAUGGCCACGACCUUGACCAACCUCUUCAACAAAAGCGUCCUCAAAGGCUUAGAAAAAAUACGUAAGCGACAACAGCACGGACCAGAACCUGCAGCCGCCUUCCCUUCCGUCAACCAGAUCUGCUUUGGUCUUGAUCAGCUAGAAGCUUACAAGGAUCAGUUUGCCACUUUUAUCGAUCACAACAAUGACGGUAGAGCCUCGUUUGAGGAGAUCAAGCACUACCUCCAAAAGUACAACAACAAGGUCACAGAUGACCAGGUCCGGAGCUUCCUUCUCCGACGGGACACCAAUGGUGACGGGGAAGUCGAUUUCAUCCCCGACUAUCUGACUGAGAUGGCCACACCAAACUACAGUGCGACGACUGCCCGGGAAUGGUUCAAUCUGGAGGAUGCAGACCAGGACGGCUACGUCACCAAAGACGAACUUAUUGCUAUCGCUCGCAACAUUGGCAUGAGUCCCGAGAAGGCUGAGGAAACAGCUAAUGGGUACUACAUGGGCGCGGACGUCAACGGGGACCGACAGCUUGACUGGAAAGAGUAUUCUUCUCUCUUCACGGAGUAAAAGCAGCAUUCAAGACUAUCCGAAUCUCUUCGGGAAAGUUCUGUAAACUUAUUUGAUACGUUAUUGAUUAUGAACUCUUUUAUCAUCAAUGUUGUGAUCUUGUUGUGCAUAACAUUAUUAUGAAUUCCAUGUAGAUUUGUGUAACGUUAUGUGUGUACGGGGUCCGGGUAUAGCGUCACAUGAUGGCUGCUGAUGACGUCACUUCCACGGUUUACUUUCUGGGCAUUUAUUGUAUAUAGCAUGCCUUAUUCGCUGUUAACUCACCUUAUACAUUAUGUUGAAUAAUUGAUUUUCAAAAUUAAACACAAUUGAUACAAAAUUUUC